AUGGGAUUGCUGGUAGAUGGCGUGUGGACGGACCAAUGGUACGACACCAAGGCGUCGCAGGGGCAUUUUAAGCGCUCCGAGGCCCAAUUCCGGAACUGGGUGACGGCUGACGGGGCGGCCGGGUCGACCGGAAAGGACGGAUUCAAGGCAGAGAAGGAUCGCUACCACCUGUUCGUCUCCUACGCCUGUCCCUGGGCUCAUCGUACCCUCAUUUUCCGCAAGCUCAAGGCCCUUGAAGACAUUGGUGUCUCCGUUGUGAGCCCCCUGAUGCUGGAAAAUGGAUGGCCAUUCGACCCGAAUUUCCCUGAUGCGACACCCGAUCAUCUUUUCGGGAACAAAUUCCUCUAUGAGGUGUAUCUAAAGGCCGAUCCAAAGUACAGCGGUCGUGUUACGGUACCUGUGCUCUGGGAUAAGAAGCUGAACACCGUCGUCAGCAACGAGAGCUCGGAGAUUAUUCGCAUGUUCAACUCGGCCUUCGACGGGGUUGGCGCCAAGGCCGGGGACUACUACCCGGAAGAGCUGCGCAAGGAAAUUGACGAAACGAACACCUGGAUCUACGACACCAUCAAUAACGGCGUCUACAAAGCGGGCUUUGCCACCACCCAGGAAGCCUAUUCCCAAGCCGUCACCACACUCUUCGAAUCGCUCGAUCGAGUCGAGAAAAUUCUUGAGACCAAUCGUUACCUGCUGGGCAAUCAAUUGACGGAGGCGGAUCUGCGCCUCUUCACGACGCUCGUCCGCUUCGACGCCGUCUACAUCACCCAUUUCAAGUGCGACAAGAAGCGCAUCAUCGAAUACCCAAAUAUUCAUGCUUUUAUGAGGGAAAUCUACCAGAUGCCGGGCAUCGCCGAGACGGUCAAUCUGAACCACAUCCGUACCCACUACUACUGCUCGCAUAAAAUGAUUAAUCCUACAGGCAUAAUCUCGAUUGGCCCCGACCUCGGGCUCGACAUCCCCCACGGCCGUGACCAAAUGAAACGGCCGUUCGUCUCGUUGGGACUAGACUGUAGCCGUGUACUGCUUGGAGACGCCGACUACACGGCGAUGCUCUCGAAGGCGCGCAUCAUACUGGUGGAGAAUCCAGGGCUCGACAUGUCCUGCCAGGGACUUCGACAACGCGUCAUCCAACAUCACAAUUAUCAGCCCAUCAACUAUUCGAUCGCGUUCGCCCGUGAUGUGCAUGAGAACUACGAGUACGUAGAGCUACAACUGGCGGCCACCUACAGUCCCGAGAAUCAUUAUUGCUUCUCGGUAGAUACGAAAGCCUCGAAGGAUUUCCAGGCGCGUAUCCGGAUGCUGGCUGCAUGUCUCCCAAACGUCUACGUCCCGCCAGAGAAGCACAACAUGGACUCGGGCGGGCACAACAUCAACCGGGCCCACUACGAUUGUAUGACGAUCCUGAUCGAGCAGCCUGGAUGGGAAUAUUUAAUCCUACAACAGCUGCACGACGUCGUGCUCCACUCGAGCGCCGGGAUGGCCCAAGUGCUCCGUGCGAUUGGCGGUUCAAACGACGUCGAACUGACCGGCGGAAUUCCCGGCGGCAGAAUAGACCCCGACCAGAAUUGGACCAUCGCCCAUCUCGGUCUAUUCACAAAUGAAACAAAAAUGACAGCCGAGCAGCGGCAGAGAGCGCGGCUGACUUUUGCGAAGGGAUACGUGCAGGCAUCAUUGAUGAGGGGGGCCGUGCAUUGGAUUACAAAGGAAAUGAAUGUCGAAAAGCUGAUCGAGCAGUUGAAUGGAAAGAAAGAGUUCUACGGCGUCGACGAGCAGUUCAUCGCCACGUUGCAGGCCUCGGAGACGUUGCUCAUGCCGGGGGGCUACCAUUUCGAAUGUCGCGGAAAGAAUAAUGAGUAUUUCAUCACGAGAUAUACAAACUGGGGUGGUCCGCCAUGCAAAACAAAGUACAACCGCAACGGGCAGUGCAUUCAGGGAAUCGAAGACGUCAAGGAUAUUAUCGAAAAAACCGCCCCAAAUUUCCUGAUGGUCAACAAAUUCAUCCCGGAAUUCGACUUCGCCGGAUAUUACUGUCUGAAUGAGUGGGUGUUCAACAAGACGCGCGACGGGUUCACGCACUUUGACCUUGAGCGCUUGAAAAAGCGGCCACAGACGCGCUUCAACUUUGAAAAGAAGCAGGCGUUGAUCGACAUCUAUAACUACACGUGCAAACCC